AUGUGCUUUCUAAUAAGUGUGACCAGAAGUUUGGACUGUAAAGUCAUUCUACUCCACUUCACCCUUUGGUGCUUGGUACCUUUUGGUGCCUCUUUAAGCAUUGCUCUUCGAUACUAUAUGUUAAAAAUUGUUUUUACUCACUGGCACCAAACAUGGUUCUUCUCACCCGUAUUCACUGAAUAUUUGGAGGGGUUGUCUCAGGCCACGAUGUGUGCUGGGCCUCCUGGACCAGACAGGAUUGGCAAAAGGGGUUGUGUGGCCACUCAGUCUCCUUGGCUGGCAUGCGUGCCUGUGGAAGGGUGGAUUGAAGAAUGGACUUCAAAAGUAACACCAACAUCUACCUGCCUCCAUCCCGCACAGUGUGCGGGCCUUCUAGGUCUUUCAAGUAAGAGACAAAGCAGUAGUUGGAUGGUUCUAAGUGGUUUUCCUGUUUCCGUUGUGGCCACACUGACUCUGUGA